AUGGAACCCCAAGCUCCAGCUUUCGAGGUGGACCAGGACUUCAUUUUUUGGCCGGUCUUCAAUGAUUUCAUCCUUGUUGAUAAGGUCAUCAACGUCGACAAUUUCGUGGUCAUCGCCUUCGUUGUAGACAACCUCGUCAAUACCGUUAUUGACUGGCUCGACGUGGACAGAGGUCAACUCUCCCUCUUUAGAAAAGUUUCUGGUGACGGAAACGGAUUUCACAAGCAAGUUAUCCAUAUUGAUUCCCAAAAUAUCGCCUCUAGAAGACCAUUUUCCACGUGGACAGUCGCUUCCAAAAACCAGAAUCAUCAGGGCAGUUGCCAUCAAGAUCAAGAAUGGUCCAAUGACGAAAGCAUAAGACCAGGAAUGAUGUAA